AUGGUUCAAGAAUCAUCGAUUGCAUUAAGAACUGCAACGAACAGCAUCAAGAUGAUGAAUCGUCGCGAUUGUGGCGACGCACUGGCGCCUGUUGAUGUCUCCUCGCGGAGUAAAUUCAUUUCUCCGCCAAGAGUAACCGUUUAUACCCUUGCCAGUGACGUUAUUGGAGAGCUAGCGGUUUCUAUUGGUGCUAGAAGCUCUCUAUAUGAAGAUGCCGAUGUCUCUGACCUCCUUGCAACAGUAGCGGUUCAGGACGUUCGCAACAUCGCUGCCAAGUUUUUUGAUGUCGCGUGGCAACACACGCGGGUUCUCUUUGCCGAUGAGGACGUAACUGAUCAAGCUCUUCUGAAUAUUGAUACGACCGAACUCGACGGCGAAGAAGCCCAACAAAUUUACGCAGGUGUCGACAGCGAAAAAUCUUCCUGGCUGAAAGCGCUACAGGGCCUGAAGAAAUUUCGCUACCUCAGCUGGAGAGACAGGGGAAGGACGGGCGCCGAAGUCCCGCGCUGGCGUUUUCAUCGGUAUGAAGCCAGCUGCGAUCGGAUAGUUUGCCAGUGGGUUUGCAAGCUGCUUCAGGACGAAGAGAGGACCCCUCGGUAUAUCCUCGAGGACAUUGAGAUUCUGAAGGCCGCUUUUCAGCUCGAUCAUGAAGGCUGCAUGCGCCUUUCAGUAGAUCUGCAAGACGAGAUUUUGUGGAGCCGAUCCUUUUUGGAAGCCCAUUGCGUAGGAGAGGGUGAUUCGUGCCGUGAGUGGGCUCUUCGAUUCUGUUACCUCAAUGCGGAACGGCUUUUCGACGAGUUUCCUGAUUUGGCAGUUGUAGUCAGUGGUGCUGUUAUAAAGACGGAUGUGCUUGCAAACGAGAUGUACGGCAUGAUGGAUUUCGUUGGGAAAUUCGUAAAAAGGCUCACACUCCGAUCCCGAUCAGGAGAUUCAAUCUUUUUCGACAGCUCCAGAGAUCCAAAUUUUUCAAUCAGUGGUGCCAGCUGCCGUGAACUCCUCCUGUCGUGUUUGUCGACGAAUGGAUGGGUCCUCAGCCAUUGCGAUGACGACGUGCGUCGCGAUAAGGAGCUUACUCUUGCUGCUGUGAGGAAUCAUGGACUUGCUCUGGCGCAUAUCUCGGAGGAGUUGCACGGCGACGACGACGAGCGUGAUCUGGUGUUGGCAGCAUGCGCUCAGGACGGAGAUGCAUUUGGAUAUGCGAGUGCUCAACUUCUGGACGAUCGUGACUUCGUGCAAAAAGUUGUUCAAGUGUCUGGCCGUGCCCUUUUUCGCUGCUCUCGCGAGCUUCGGGAAGAUCGCGAGCUUGUGGAGUUGGCAGUGCGACAGGAUCCCAACGUUUUCGCUGACGUUUCAAAGGAGCUUCGACGAGACCAGGACCUCGCGAAAGUUGUUGUAUCACAGGAUGGAAACCUUGUCGACGCUGUGAUCGAUCCGAUUCGUAGCGUAGUUCUUGCCGCAGUCGGGAAAACCCCAAAACUGCUGCUCUCGGAUGACAAGAUUCCUGCAGAGUAUCUUCAGACCUACGAUGAUGAGCUCGCAAUGCUUGCUUUACGUGGUGGGGGAUUGGUUUACAACCGUUUGCGACAGAUUAUCUCUUCUGAAAGAGCACGACGAGGAGAUCCUGACGUGGACAUUGAUGUUGACAUCGAUUUUCUUUUGCGAUCGAUGGAAGCGUCAGGGAACCUCGUAGUAGAGCAUAUUUCGGGAGUUUACACACGCGACUUACGCCUACUAGCUGAAUUUCGGACCGAGAAGUUUCGCGAAGUUGUCCGAACGUGUGAAAGGCCUCACGCGGUGUUGACGAACAUGCUUCGCAAUCCUGAAUCAAGAGCAUGGAUUGAAAGCUUCGGCUACGGAGGGUCUGCGGGGUCUUCGUUGCCUGGUAGUGUUGCCACUCCUGAGAGAACGAAAACAGCCUCGGCACUGGAAGAAUUGAUCGUAGCCGCCUUGGCCUGUAACGGUAACUUACUGGAGUACGCCGGGUGUUUGCGCGAUAAUGCUGAGGCCGUGGUUACUGCGACAACGAACACGGGGCGCGCUUUUGGCUUUGCUUCGGACCGAUUGCGUGGUGAUGUCCGAUUUGUGUAUCGACUACUCCGCUUAGGAUGUGCACUUCAGCAGCACGACUGGUUGGAUAAGUUUGGUGACGUUAUCACAGUCACAAGCACAUCUCGUGGCGCUAGUUUGAGUGAAGAGCAGCCCCGUCUCUUUCUUGACUUUUUCACGGGAUGGCAGACCUUGCAAGACACAGCACCAGAGCAAGCUUUUGCGUUGGCUCAUAUGGCCUUGGAAAAGGGUUACCGCUUAAGGAACGUGCCGCUGGCUGACCUGCAGGAUGACUAUACUCUUCAAGAGGUGGAUCGUCUCUACGUGCACCAUGUAUCGGGUCCCUGCUUGAUGCUGGACGAGAAGACUACGAUCUACGAUAUUAUAGACGAACUCUACCCUACGGAAAAGCGAGCCGAAAGCUACGAAGGAUUUUUGGACAUUCUUGACAAAAGGGUACUAUCAUGAUGCAUAUUCAUCUCCCGCAGAUAACGUGACGUGGUGUUGGUGACAAGACAGUAGUAAGAUGUUCUAUUGAUUUAUCGACUAAAUUCCCGAGUGCCAGUCUCUUUUAAGGCUGCAAGCAUUUGUCACAUAUUCAGAGAAGACGAUACUAACUUCUAAGAUCAGUUGCGCGUCAGGUAAUCUUCGCAAAAAGGGAAGCAAAUAAUCUGAUGAUAAAACUUCGGAAGUUCCGAUACAACAAAAAUACUACAUCUACAGAAUCUUCGAGCUCCACCGAUUCCCGAUGGAGACGAAUAG